AUGAAACAUAGAAUAGUUGCAGAAACUUUCAUUCCGAACCCUGAAGGACUUCGUGAAGUAGACCAUAUAAACAGAGACAGAGGAGACUUUCAUAUCUCGAACUUAAGAUGGACGACAAGAAGAGAAAACAUGAGAAAUAUUUCUGGUUCAAAUGGCUAUUGGUUUGACAUUGUUGACUCUCUUCCUGAAGACGCUGUUGAAAUUAUACAAUACUCAUAUCACACGUUAGAGAACUACUACUAUGUCCCAAGUGAAGAUGUCUUUUACUAUUUCAUGGGAACUCAAUACAGACGAAUGAAUGUCUUAAGACAGUAUAACAAAGAUUAUAUAAACAUUACAGAUGUAGAAGGAAGAAGAACAAAGCUGUCUAUUGCAAAGUUUAAGAGAGACAAUGGUUAUGUAUAA